ACUGCUACAACUAAAACCGCGAGAGGCUCCGAGCGACGAUGGAGAUCUGCGCCGGUCACAAAUCGGAGAUGCUGUGUCCUAUCUCCGACCACAUGGAGUUGGAAAAGUCUGAAGUGACCUCCUUCACCGAGUCAUUCUCCAAAUACCACAUACCAAAGUUGAAAGAUGCUUGGCCACAGGUGGAAUCGGCUUUACAAGAGCAUGGAAUUUCUUACACACUCAAUCUGGCUGAGCUUUACAUGACUGUCUCAACCACCCCAAGGACCGAAGAUCCAGACAUCAUUCACAGGGCUAGGGAGAUUAUUGUGCUUCUGUCCAAAACUAUUGUUCCGACAUAUGUGGUAAUUAAUAUACUGAAUGGCUAUAUGCAUCAUGACCACAUCAAAACUGGGUAUCAAGAAGGUGGGCUUGCCGCAAUACAUGGGAUCAAGAAGGAGCGAUUUGCUAAACAGAGGACCAGAUUCUUGGAAAACCUAAAGGACCUUGCAUGCCUGAUGAGUUGUCAUCUGUAUGUUAACGGAAACACUGUGACUGCCGCGGGAACUUCACUUGAGCAUGUAAAGGUGGUCAGAAUGGUCGUUGAAAGGUGUUAUGUUGAAAAUGUGAAUCCUGCAACUAUUGUCAGUCGCUUAAACGUGAGGAAAGAUAUGCUUAAUGUGGAGAGAAGGCUUCAAGCUUUGUUGAUGUGAAUUGUUGUUAUUUACGGGAUUGUUAUAAAAGAUUAGCCUAAUUAGUCAAAGUUAGUUUAAACUAACAAUAAGAUCGAACAUAUAAAUAUUAGCAGCGGCCAUGUUGCUGGAUUGAUUGAUGUAAUGUAGUGGAUUGCAAUGCAUGUGGAAGGGUUGUUA